GUAGAAGGUACCCUGACUCGCAUACAACGCUUCGUCCAACAAUAUAGACACCGUAUCCGUGAUGGCAACACACUUGAUGAUUUUAUUCAGCGUGCAUGGCUGCCCGACAAAGUGAAGCUUGAAAACCCCUGUUCUCCUGAUUCAAUGAUGCAACUUUUAGACUAUUUCACCAUCGCACCCGAUGCACAACGUCACCGUGAUCGUGGGAGCCCUUGUCCCGCAUAA